AUGGCUCCUUUUGAUUCACCUGAGUUCCCCCAUUCAGAGCCCAUCCUUCCUCAACCGCCUUCUUCCCCUCCGUCCAUUGCGUCUGAUGGCCGCAGAGCCCGAAAGCCACCGUCCGUGACGCCGCGGUCAUUUCGUCGAUUCUUCACGCCACGCUCCCUACUACCCACUGCCGAUAGCUCGGCCACUCCGACAACGAGUCGACAGGCUUUACGGGCUCUCAUCUCGCCUGCCGUCAAUCGUCUGGGACCGACAUUUUCGCGGACCUCCAAGGCCGGCAUUCGAAGCCCUCACGAUGGCCUCCCAGAGGACUUCAUCCGGACUCCGAGCCGGAAACGAGGGAACUUGUUCUCUUCUGUCGCAUCUCCACUACAGUCAUCCCCUCUGAAGAGAGUUCGGGUCCGCUCCCCAACGAGCCGCGGAGGCUCCAGUGGUGCCGAAAAAACCCCUGCCGUAGCUCCUGUGCGUCGGUCUCGGGCAUUGGAAACCUCAGGUGCAUUAUUCAUGCGGGGUAUACUUGGCUCGCAGCGCAAUAAAGUGACUCUACGAGCCAACUCCGGAGUUGGCUGGCAAGAUCUCACCUCUGAAUUCUACUCACAACCAGCAGACCUUCACGCCUGCUCUAGAUAUGCAACAGAAGGGUCCCCCGCUCUGCCUUUCUGCAACGCUUCAUGCAACACAAACUCAAUCAUUGCUAUUGGUGAUGAAGAGGGUGGAAUCCGACUGCUAGAUUCAUCGAUCGACGAGGAUGCUGGGUUCACCAAUGCGUACCUCGGAUUCCGUCCGCAUGUGAACUCCAUUAUGGACCUCGAAUUCUCGUCCGACGACAUGUUACUGGCCACCGCAUCUGGAGACCAGACAUCUCUUGUAAUUGAUAUGACGACACAGAAACCCAUCUACUGUUUGUCAAACCACUUUCCUUCUGUGAAGCGCGUCCAAUUCCAACCGGCAUCCAACAACAAGGUGUUUGCAACAUGCAGCAGAGAUGGCAAUGUGAACAUCUGGGAUCUGCGCUGCAAAGGCUUUGAGCGGCCUGCUUUACAGGCCCGAUGCUCUUUGGAAAGCGAAUCCGAACCUCCUCCUGCGCCCAGUGCACUUCAAAAGUUGCUCUACCCUCACGUCUUGAACACCAUCGGAGGUGCCCAUGCCUACACCACGUCCCACAAACCAGUUCAAGACAAUCACUGCAUCCCUCGAAAAAAGGUAGCCAAGACCAGACCAAACAGUGGUGAUUGCGACAAUGUAUCUGGUUUGUACAGCAUUAGCAAUGGCCAUGUUUUAGGCCCCCAAAAGAUGGCAAACGUGAAGUUGGGGGUGGUUUGCAAUGGCAUUAUGAAGCACGGCAGGUUUAGCCAAAGGGCCACGUCAUCUGUUCAGGGCAUUCAGGGCGUUCAGCUGACGGCUUGA